AUGUCGGUGGAAAUAGUCGAAAGUGUGGAACAUAUUGCGAGUGACGUCGACGAUUCAAGAAAUUGUGUUAAUUCGGUUUUAUGUAGCGAUUCAGGGAUAGAUAAUGUUGAUGUAGAGUCCAGUGUGUGUCUUGAUUCAUCUAAUUCUAAUUUAUCCCCGUUAAAAUCUGGUGAAAGUGUGUCAGGUUUCGUAGAAGGCAAUGGAGUGCUUUCCACUGAAAACGAAGUUAGCUCCGAGCCUUCAUCUCCCAUAUCCUUGUCUUCCGACGAUAAAGACAACCAAAAUGUAUUUGACCAGACUGAAACCGAAAAUUGCGUUGAUUUGAAUCACGAACCAGCAGAUGUCGAUAAAAGUAAAUUCAAUCCAAAUCUGUAUAUUGACAGCAACUUAGCAACUUCCACGAUCAGCCUGGAUUGUACCAAUGGAAUAGAAAAGAUCAGUCUCUCAAACCACAGUCGCAGUGCCGAAAACAUAUCAUCAACUGACGAAACAAACGCCAUUACCAAAGAUAUCGAAACAGAGAAGAUUUUAACUGAAUUUUCCCACCAAAAAAGCAAAGUUACUGCCACACAAAGAGUACCUGAGAACACGCUUACAUUAGAUGCCAAAUACGCGAGACUGCCCAAAGAAAUUCUCUCCCAAGAUAUAGGUAGCAUCGUAAAAAAUGUGCACGGCAUAUUCUCGUCUGUUAGCGGCAGUUUAAAGAACGCUUACACAAACAGCCACAGAGCUAAUCCAAAACCUCAAAUAAAACCACCUCAAAUUAAGCCGAUCACCAACGGGAAUAUAAUUAACGAUAUAUUCGAAGAUGUACCUGAAGUUAUACCGAGUAAUGUCGAUAAAGUUAACGCAUCUCUUAACGGAAAUACCGUAGAUAGCAAACCAGUAUGCGACAGUGAUGACGCGAGGAGUGAAAUGCUGAAAUUGCAAAUAGAGUCGUUGGAAAGAGUACUGUUUGAACAGAGGAAAGAAAAUAGCUCAUUACGAGUACGAGUCAAACAACAAGUUGACGAACUUCAAGCUAAAGAUCAGACGUUCCGGGAAUUGGAAGUAAAAGUUGAUUUGAUGUGCAAACGUCUAGAACAGGCCCAAAGGGAAAAAGACGCAGCGGUAAUGAGGUAUGCGAGCACCGAAUGUUCAGUUAUCGAGGCUAAGAAGGCCGCUGAGAAUGCUGCGAAGGCUGAAAAAGCUGCCAUCGCUGAAAUGGAACUUCUUAACGCCAAGUUGAAGACUGCCAGAGAGGAAAAACAAAGAAUAUGUCAGCUAUAUGAUGAUAAGUGCCAUGAAUUGCAGAACAGUGAGCGGGAAGUGUCACAGGUGAAGGAAGAUUUGAAGGAAGUGGAGGGUAGAUUGAAAUGGACCCAGAGCAAACUCAGAGUAGAGAUGGACGCUUAUAAGGACAGUACAGAGCGUAUAGAGAAGUUAAACCAGCAGUUGACAGAACUAGAAGCUGCCAAGGAAACCGCGGUGGCGAAUGCUAGCGAUAUGGCGAGGGUCAAACAAUUAGAAUCCGAUCUAAAGGAGACUCAAGCAGCUUUAAUACUUUGCCGCCAUGAGAGCCAAGAACUGGAAAAACGCGUGACGUCACUCACCCAACAGCUGGACACCUGCAAGAAGGAGCGUGAUGACGUCACAGCUGCUCUAGCUACAGCUGAAGCACAGGUGUCGUCUUUGAAGGAUAGUAACAUUCGCUUGGAACUGGAAGCGGCCGAGCUAGCCUCAUUACGAGCAAGGGCUGCAUUAGCUGAUACAUUAGCCGGACAGCUGGAACGUGAGUCAGCCCGAGCCAGUUCAGCCGAGGAGUCUCUAAGUGUGGAGCGUGCGAGGGCAGAUACAUGUGCUCGCAGGGAGGCGGCCGCCUUACAACACGCGGCCACACUCACCGCUGAUCACGUGGCGCAGAGAGCGAGGCUGGCGGAUCAACACGCUGCUGUACAAGCUCUAACAGCCGACAACAGUUCCCUUCGUGAGAGACUCCUCUCCCUCACUGAAGAACUGAAGACUGUGAGUGAGGAGCGAACUCGAGAGAAUAGGGCUUUAGCGAGGAAGAUCGCGGAAUUAACAGAGGAAUUGAAUGACGUUACCAAGAAAUUGGAAUGGGAGAAAGGAGAGAAUAAUAUACUAAAGAAAAAACAUUCCAGUGCUAUCAAGGAGAUGAAUCGCGAACUGCAGAGGGCUUUGAAACGUAUUGAACAACUCGAGGCUAAAAUACCACCGGAUACUACUUCAACAAGGACUGAAUCGGUCUCAUCUUUAAGCAGCAGUGAUAGUCCGGAGGAGAGAGCAAACUUACAGACAGACACACUACCAGAUGUACAGGCUCGCGAGCCCGAUCGUCAAGCGUUAGUAGAGCGUAUAGUAUCAUUACAACGAGCGGCUGCCGCGAGGGCAGAGCGAUGUGAAUUCCUUCAAGAGCAUUGUGCUCAACUAACGCGGGAACUACGAGGCAAGGGACGAAUACUACGAGCACUACUACCUACACUACCAUCCGCUGAACUAGCGUCUGACAACGCGGAGAAACAUAAGAAAGAGAUAGCACGUCUCGGAGGCGGGGCUAUGGCGGCCGUGUGGGGGGGAGAUCCGGGGGGAAUGACCCUCGAAUUGUCUUUGGAGAUGAACAGAAGAUUACAAGCUGUGCUAGAAGACACAUUACUAAAGAAUAUAACACUAAAGGAGAAUAUGGAUACGCUUGGGGAAGAGAUAUCGAGAUUAAGGGAACAAAUGAAAUGCAGUGAUGCUAAAUAG